AUGGGUUUACAUUCCCUGGCUAUUAUUCUCAAGGAAAACAAACUGGUUAGAUCUAAUUAUAUUGACUGGAAAUGGAACUUGAUUAUAGUACUGACUGCAGAGGAGUACAAGUAUGUGCUCGUAGAGGUAUGUACACAGAAACCCAGUAAAGGGGCAACCGAUGAGGAACCCCAGGCUUAUUGGAAGUGGAUUAAGGUUGAUGAGAUGACGCAGUGUUACAUUUUGGCAUCUAUGUCAAAUGUUCUGCAACAUCAACAUCAGUUUAUGCCUUCUGCCUAUGAUAUAAUGCAGAACCUCAAAGAAAUAUUUGGGGAUCAAAAUCGUACUGCUAGGCAUACUGCUAUGAAGGAACUUAUGAAUUAUGGCAGACGGGGCCCCAAGAUCCUUGGAGUUGAAAUCGAUGGGGAAAUCCAGGUCGAUAUCGUUCUCCAAUCACUGCCUGACUCUUUCAAGCAGUUUUUCUUGAACUACAACGUGAAUAAGCUCUCUUACUCAUUGGAAAAACUACUUAAAGAGCUUCAAGCAGUUGAGGGCCUCAUUAGGAAGCCAACUAAUGCUCUUGUGAUUGAGAAAGGUAGGGCACUUGAAAUCAUAAUGUCCAUUUCACUGCCUGACUCUUUCAAGCAGUUUUUCUUGAACUACAACGUGAAUAAGCUCUCUUACUCAUUGGAAAAACUACUUAAAGAGCUUCAAGCAGUUGAGGGCCUCAUUAGGAAGCCAACUAAUGCUCUUGUGAUUGAGAAAGGUUCUUCUUCUAGUACGAAAGGCCAAAAGAAGCAGAAAAAGGUUUAG